AGUUAAUUAUUGAUGAGUGCAAGUAUGGGCAGAUGCAACAUUAUUGCAUUUAUCAGGAAAAUUUCAGGAAUGUACAUUCACCUACUCUCCAAAGUCAACUCUUGACUUUGCUUUGAAUCAGUCUUCAAUUACCAGUUGUUGUCAAAAGUCUUCGCAACUUUUGCUAUAUUCUUUCUUCGAGCCCUCUAAUUCAUUUGUCUCCCAAAUCAAUUAGCAAUCAACUUCUAAGAGUUUCUGUUACUGAUAACAUUACCUUCCUGAAGGAGCCUAGCUUUGUCCUUCGAACUUAUUUCAGGUGACGUUUCCCAGAUUGUUGUUUUUCUGCUUCCUAUUAAGUUUCACGAUGGUGUGGUUUCCAUUUUCCAAUCUCUUGGAAAUUCAUUAUGUUGUUUCAUCUGUAGAAGAAGAUGGAGCAAUUCAGGCUGAAUCCUAUCGCCUCGUCAUCCCAUUUCCCGGAUCCUCUUCCAGCUGUAGAGUACGAGGUGUUCCUGAGCUUUCGAGGUCCUGAUGUCCGCACGACUUUCGCGGAUUUCCUCUAUAGACUCCUGGAUCGUCCCAAGAUACGAACCUUUCUUGACGAUGAAGAGCUACGUAAGGGGGAGAAGAUUGCCCCUUCUCUCGUCAAGGCAAUUGGGGAAUCCAUAAUAUACAUCCCGAUCCUUUCCCCAGGCUAUGCCUCUAGCAAAUGGUGCCUCCAGGAGCUAGCUCUGAUGGUGGAACGUUACAAGCAAGAUGAAGGUUGUCACAUCAUACUGCCCAUUUUCUUUUUGAUGGAGCCUAGAGAUGUGCGGCAUUGUCAGGGUUCCUAUGAGGGAGCAUUAGAACAACAUAGAUUGAAAUAUGGUGAAGAAUCCAUUAGGGCCUGGAAGGAUGCUCUCGGAGAGGUCGGGCAAAUGACUGGAUGGCGCGUGACUGACUCGGAUAGACAGGGAGCAGUGGCAGAAAGUGUUUUCUCUGAGGUGUGGUCACAUAUAAAGGGGAACUACAUGUUAGUGACUAAUGAGUUGAUUGGAAUUGAUUCUCAUGUUAACCAAGUGAUAGAGUUGCUGAAAUCAGAUUUUGACUGCGGCGCUAGUGUCGUCGGCAUUCAUGGUAUGGGCGGUAUCGGUAAGACCACUAUCGCCAAGGCUGUCUAUAAUAAGGUCUUCACACAAUUCGAGCGUCACUGUUUUCUGGAAGAUGUCCGAGAAACACUAUCGUUGAAGAAUGACGGCGUUACAACUCUGCAGAGUAAGAUUAUUUCUAGCAUUCUAAGGGAUGAUCACAAGGUUAGAAAUGCCAGUGAAGGAAUCCACAUUAUGAAAGAUAGAGUGUGCCCCCACAAGGUUCUCAUUAUUCUCGAUGAUGUGGAUGAUCGGUUUGUGUUUGAGCAAAUCCUUGGUGAAGUAAGAAAAUUUUCUCCUGAAAGUAGGUUUAUCAUCACAACAAGAGAUAAAAGGGUACUAGAGUUGCUUCAAGUAUCUAAGCUCUACGAACCUGGAGGGUUGGGUCAUGACCAUUCCCUUCAACUAAUACGUAGACAUGCGUUUAGAAUGGAUAAUCCUUUUGAAGACAUGGCGACCCUGUGUGAGGAGUUUGUAGAAGUUGCAGCGGGGCUUCCUUUGGCUCUUGAAGUUAUUGGGUCGCUUUUGUUUCGUAGAGAUAGAAAAUUCUGGGAAGCUAAGUUGAUAGAACUAAAAAGAAUACCUCCCACCAAGGUGCAAGAGAGAUUGAAGAUAAGCUAUGAUGAGUUGAGUGGUAGUGAAAAACAAAUUUUUCUCGACAUAGCUUGUGCUUUUAUCGGAGAAAACAAGGAAUUGCCUUUCUUUAUGUGGAGUGAUUGUAAUUUUAAUCCUGAAAGUGGAAUUAAUACACUUGUUUUGAGGUCCUUGAUAAAGGUGGAUGAGGAUAAUAAGUUUUGGAUGCAUGACCAUAUAAGAGACCUUGGGAGAAUGAUUGUCCGUGAAGGAGAUGAUCAACAUCCUUGGAAGCGGACAAGAAUUAUGUCCAACGAGGAUGCGGUGGACAUGUUAAUCAAUGGAGAGGGAACUGAGCGGUUGGAAGUUCUUAGAGUGGACAUGUUAGAUCAUAAAUUUGAGCUCACGGAGAAGGAAUUUCAUAAAUUGUCAGGGUUAAGGUAUCUCGAAGUGCGCUAUGGAAAGCUGACUGGAGAUUUCAAGGAGAUUCUUCCGAGUCUACGUUGGCUGCGACUAUUUAAUUGCAGGUCAAUCCCUAUCGAUUUCAAUGUUAAGAAAUUGGUAAUUCUGGACUUGAGAGAUUGCCCUGUAAGAGAUGACUGGAGAUGCUGGGAGAGAAUCAAGGAGGGACACAGGCUGAAAGCUAUAGAUGUAUCGCGCAGCUUCAAUGUGACAAAAGUCCCGGAUUUGUUCGGAUGUACAAGUCUAGAACAGAUAAAUUUUGGGAGUUGCCCGAACAUGGGCGGGGAACUUCACAUUGGCCAUUUGAAGGAUCUGAGAGUGCUAAGCAUUGGCUGGACUAAGAUCACAAAGUUAAUAGGCGACAUUGGAAGCCUUCGGAAUCUGCGAGAGAUCAAUGUAGAUUUGACGCUCUUGAGAGAAAUUCCUGCUAGCAUUGGUAAACUUUCCUCCCUUAAGAUCUUGGUACUAGGGCGGCUUGAGAAUGAAGUACCAGUACUCCCAACUAGUUUAAAGCGUCUAUCCGUCUCAUCGCCUAGGGUUCCAAAUCUUUUGGAGCUCAAGGACUUGGAGGAGCUAUGGUGGAGUUGUGGACUUGAGAUUCCCGAGGAUAUGUCGAAGCUGUCCAAGUUGAAGGAUCUGACGUUGGUGAAGGUUGGCAAUGGGAAGGAUGCCUUUGUUCUUCACAAAGAAUCAGUUGAUCCCGACAACCAGAAUCAUUAUUCUCUACGGCGCGGUGGGAGAACUCUUAUUUCUUCCUUGCCUGCUCUUCCGGCAUCUCUAAAUACCCUAUCGAUCGAUGGUGAUGCCCCCGGGCUUUUGAUGAAACUGCCGAACCUAGCGAAUCUGAGUAAUUUGUUGAAAUUAACUUUGGGUCGUGUUGGGAUACGUGAGAUCGCCGGUCUCGGAGAGCUGAGGAUGCUGGAGGACUUCAGCUUAUGGAGUGCUUCAAAUCUAACUAAUCUCGAUGGCCUCGAACCUCUAGAGCUUCUGAAGGAUUUGCGGGUGAGUGAUUGUUGUGUACUGAGUAAACUGCCCAGCUUCUCAAAUAUGAGCAUGUUACGGGAGCUCAAGAUCUUUAAAUGUCCUGAACUGAGAGAACUGCCUAGCUUGUCAAAUUUGACCAAGUUACAGGUGCUCAGGAUCUUUGAUUGUCCACUUGUCUCUGAAAUUCAAGGGCUUGGCGAACUGGCGGAAUUAUCAACUCUACAUAUCCUAAGAUGUGAUCAGUUGACUGAGGUGGUCGGGCUUGACAAAUUGAAGUCGUUGCGAGUAUUGGAGAUUCAUGAUUGCCCUUCGAUUGAGAAGCUGCCGGAUCUAUCUGCUUUGGAGCUCUUGAGGAAGUUGGAGAUUACGGGAUGGAGAGAGUUGACUGAGGUGAUGGGGCUUGACAAUUUGAAGUCAUUGCAAGAAUUGGUGAUUUGUGAUUGCCCUUGGAUUGAGAAGCUGCCUGAUCUAUCUGCUUCGAAGCGCUUGUGGAAGUUGGCAAUUAUUGGAUGCAAUCAGUUGACAGAAGUUACGGGGAUUGAGAGAUUGGAGGGGUCAACAUAUCUAAAGAUUGAUGAAAGGCUGAAGACGCGAAGAUGAGUGAUCCGAUCGUAAAAUCUUAGCAUGAGAGAUUGGAGCUGUUACGUAGAGAGAACAAUUCGCGCCCAAAGAUGUGGUCCAGAUUCCGGAGCUGCGGUGGAGUUUGUAGCAAAGACAGUGAUAUCGUAUCGCUAUAGACAACAUGUUGGAGAGGGGAUUUGUGCAAGGAGUAUUUGAAAGAUGCAUAUGGAGAAAAAAGCUCCAAAAGUUGCUGUCAAGUCCAAACACUUGAAGACAGUUAAGCUUAAGCGGUUAGAUUGAUUUCAUGAACUUGAGGGUCUGAAGACUGCAGCGAAGAUCAGAUGGUUUAUGUGAAUGGUGGGUUCUGGGUUCCAUGUUUGCUUUCUUGCGAUGUAGAGUUUCUGGAGAUAUAGGUGAAUGACGAUAAGUACAUUUGCUUGAAUGGCAUUUUGUUGGCUGCAGAAAUUUCCUUGCUGACAUGAAUUUUCUCUCUUCCAGGGCAAGCUCCAACUCCUUAUUUCCUUGGUCCUGCUGUAAAAAGACCGAGAGAAGAUCUAUGGCGAAUCACUCUACUGAUCUGAUGUCUACACUGAUGCAACUUGCAACCCCUCCCACCUAGCUGCUGCUUCUUCCAACUGGGAUGAAGAACUGAUUCUACUCGAAUGGGAACCAAAGCGGAGAGCUGCUGCCUGCCUGCUUGCUGGUCGUGAUUUUGAUCCUAAUGAAAGUUGUGUCCUUUCUUUCUGACUUGGAUGAGAUGGAAGAGCUCAAAUUUGGGGGAAAUUUUUACCUUUGUGAAGAUCAGAAGUUGUCCCAGUGCAGCAAAGUAUUCUGCUGUCUCUGUCCAAAUUAGCCAAAGGAGCCAAGUUCUUAUUCUUCUUGUGUCAUGUAUGUAUUGUUUGCAUUUGUGUUGGAACUGGGAGCUGAUCAACAUUUGGGAAGCUUGUGCAUCUUUUCUAAGAGUGGUUUGAAGCUAAUUUUCUAUAUGAAGAAUUAUAAAUUUAUCAAUCUGGUGGGACGGUUGGUUCGGUUGGUUUGGUCUCGUGUGUUUGUUCACGCCAUCUAUUAGUUGGUGUAUAAACCGUUUGAGUUGCA